AUGGGUAAGAUAGGACAACCUAAAGCAUCCGUACCAGAAGAACAAAAUUCUGUUAAUAUGGAAAGUGAGGAUAAUUUGCAAUACGUAAAAGAAUCCCAAGCCACCGCCUCGGAUAACAUAAUUUCCGGAGCGGGGGGCGAGGAUCUGUGGACGGUGAAUGACGCUCCACAGCAGAUUGGGAAUAGAGUAACAACUACACUGCCUGGGUUAGAAGAAAGAGAUAGGGAAAGAGAUCAGAAACUGGCUCAGAUGCUCCAUGAGCAAGAGCAACAAAGAGAACAGAAAGAAAGGGAAAAAGAAAGAAUGUCAGAACAGAGGGAAAAACAAAGAGACGAAAAACUGGCUCAGAUGCUGCAUGAGCAGGAGAAAAAAUUAACGCAAAAGCUCAUUGAGCAAGAGCAGCGCAGUGAAGCAAAACUAGACAGUAUCCAAAGCGAACUUGCCGAGAUGCGGGACGCGUGCAAAGAAAUACCCGAUCUUGUGCAAAGCUUAGCCAGCGAAAUGCAAAAAUCACAGAUGUCGCAGGCUAGGCUUGAAGAUAAUGUCCAGACUUUAACCAACCGCGUGGAUAAUGUGGAGAUAGAUGCACGGAAAAGUAUUGACGCAUAUUUGGAAGUGCAAGCUCAAAAAGUAGAAAAUGAAUUAAAUGAAUGGCUAGAAGUAAAGGAUCGCGAGAUAUCUGCAAAGAUUGAAAGCGAUGUAAAAACAGCUGUAGAACAAGCGACUGCGGCCGCGAGUGUAAAUAUUGACGCUAGCGCUGCCGCACUACAUGCCGAAUUAACACAGAUUAAGUCCCGUGUGACUGCGGAGUUGCCAAAUUGGCAACAGGAGGUCGCGCGGAGACUGUCUGCGUUGGAAAGCAAUGUAAACAGUGGCGGACAGAUCAUGAAUCCGAUUCCGCGUACUGAUUACUGUAAUAACGCUGACGGUAGGCAGGGUGCGAGUGCGCAACCGCAACCUAAUGUGAAUUAUGAGCACGAACAACAUGCGAUACCGUGCAGCGCACAUCACGAAGUAAUGAAUGUCCCAGAAUCCGAUUACAAUAGCAACCACAGUAACGGUAGUAACUUGGUACCAAAUGGUAACGGGAAUAGGCAAGAGCACCGGCAACAGAAUCGAGGCACAAACAAUGGCAAUGGUUAUAACGGCAACGGUUAUAAUCGUCAAAAUCGAAAGACACAUCAUGAUGGACGCAUGAGUAAUGGAUAUAAUGGUAACGGGAAUCCGCAAUGGCGGAACAACCGAAACCAGUGGCGUGGUCGUAACGAACCGACACCACAGUGGCAACAAAACACAGCGCCACAAUGGAACGCCAACCCAGGUCCGUCACAGAAUAUGUCAGGGAGUUACAACCGACCACCGCAAAACCAGAGCCAUACACAAUAUCAAAAUACACCAUCGGGGAGACUUUCAUAUGAUACCCUAUUUUUCUGA